GUCGGAAUUUCCCAGUUAUCUGGAACGUGAAUUUGAAACCACACCCUCAAUGCAUCUGUCGGCUAGAGACUAUUUCAUUUAUUCUUAUUUAUUCUUUAUCUAUUGCAAUUAUCGUUACUAGACUUCUUGAGGAGAAAUGGAUAGAUUUCAAGAGCUUCAAAAUUAUUCAUUUCACGCAACGUGGGAUUUGGGCAGAAGUUUGGUUAAACCGUUUAAUAUAUUAGUAAGACAAAUAGAUGAGCACAUUAGAGAUGAGACACACGAAACAUUUGUAGAGGAAGGAUUACUAUUUAAAAGUUACCUUUACAUGUCAGGAAUUGGUGGAACAGGAAAUAAAGACACGGAAAUUGCAAAAGACUGUCUUAAAGAUGUGAGUACCCGACUGGAAGCAUGGAAUGAGUCCCCAAAGAAGGACGGUUUUUGUUCAGUCGCGUAUGCCCUUGAAGCAUGGGUUGAUAUGGAUAAAACUAAAAAAAAACUUAAUGAUUUGAAACAACUGCAUCUCAAACACACACAAGCAACUAAAGCGUGUUUUGAAGCAUGUAAUCAUUAUAUUAAGGGCUUUGCUUUAUCAAGGUUGGGUAUUAAUCGCUAUGAUGAGUGCGUUGAAGAAUUCCGUCAAGCGACUGAAAAAUGUCCAGACGAUGUUGAAUAUUUAUUUUCUUUAGCAUUCAUGACACGCCGUGUUCAUGGGUCCGAGGUAGGUGUGGAAUAUAAAGACAUGCUACUUAAGGUUCUGGAGAAAAAAGAUGAUUACCUGUUUGCUAAAGUAGAAUUAGCAAAUUUAGCUUAUAUAGAAGGAAAUACAGAUGGCGCUACUAACCUUUUAGAAGAUAUCACAAGUACACUUGCCAAUGAGCAAAUUAUUACACCUGAAAAUAUGAAGAUCGUAGGACACGUUAUGAAAAUCUACUUACAAUUGAAUAAACCUGAAAAGGCAGAAGCCUUGUACCUAAUUGCAGAGCACAACGGUAAAGUGAAUUCAUUUGUUACACACAAGAGAGCGACAGUGGCGCGUUAUCAGAAGGAUUGGAAACAUUAUGAGAUAUUUCUUAAUGCUGCUGUGAAAAUGAAUCCCUUCAAUCUAGCCGUAAGCUUGCCAUUAGCUAUAAAUAAUUUAAGAAAAAGUGAGGCUGAUGAUGUAGAUGUAAUCAAAAUGUUCAGUAAGAUAUUAAGUGAUCGCUCAAGUGACGAACUAGGAGAGGUACAAAUUCUAUCUACUUUUGGAAAUAUGUUGAUGAAAAAACGCAAUGAAAAAGCUGCAGUUGUUCGAUUCGAAAAUGCAAUGGAAAAAGCAUUUAAAUAUUGUCAACGGGGUAAAUCACAGAAAAUAAAGUUUUCACACGAGAUAACGCUUUCUGUUCAAAUCUGCGUUACAAAUCUAAGAAAUUAUUGGAAAAAGACGGAAAAUAGAAAUGCCGAUAAUAUUUGUAAUCUUGCAACUCUUGAAAAUAAUCUGGGAAAUCUAUAUCUUGCUCGUUCGUAUUGUAAUGAUGCAUUGGAAAUGAAGCCUAAUGAACAGCAAAUGUCCACACUGAUUUUCAUACUAUCAGAAAUUCAGAUUCAGGUGACUACUGACUCAAAAUCUUUAUCGGAAGUAGAAAAAAAUCUGAACACAAUAACGUCAGCAGAAUUUAGCCAAAAGGUGACAGAUUUUCGAGGAAAAUUAGACUUUAAGAAGGGAAUUUUAUAUGAACUCAAACAUUUUCCAUUCGGCAACUACACCAACGCAGCUAUUUCUGGAAAUGUAAGGGCGGUACAGCGCCUCUUCUCUGCCUUAGAUAUAAUGGAUAAUACAAGCUCUCAAUACUAUCAAAUAUGUGCCUCCAUUAAUAUGUCGAUCAUGAAUAUUAAGGUAGCUGCGGAGCGAGAUAGUAUGCAAGACAGACUUAAAAUGGUCUUGGAAUCAGCUUUUACUGGGGAGCAAAGGAAUCUCAGAAAACAGCAAUUUGAGAUGGAGAAACUAUUCUUCAAUGGCGCCGCAGUUUGUAAUGCAGACGCUGUUAUUCAGACUGCCAGUAACUUACUAAACCGUGCAAUGCAUGAAUUAACACAGAGGUAUCGCCCAGCAAGAUUUAAAGAGAACAGAACUCUUGAUUUCUUUUGCAUCUAUGAUAACUUCUAUAAGGAACAGACUAAAGAAAAGGUUAAAUCAAAACUCACUGAGUAUAAAUGGGAAAAUAUCGAUGAUGAACUAAUAUCAUUCCUAGUAGAGAUACAACCAUGCACUAACCCACAAGAUAACAAUUGGAUCAUGGCUUUCAAGAAAUUUAACAACACUGAUAAGCACCAGACGAAAAACAAGCAGUAUGAAAAAUAUAAAGUUUAUCCAGAAGACCCAAGCGCAAACCGAAACGAAUAUCAAGAAAAACAAUAUUCCUCUAUCGAUCUUGCAAGAACAGUUUGCAACAACAUUGCUUACAUUUUAGACAACUUGAACGGAUUUUCAUUGGUGUUUUGAGUAUGAUGUUCGCGACUAAACUGACAACCAAACAAAGACUGUGCCUUAGUGGUAGCUGAGGGGAGGGUGUUAUGAUCACCUGACAGCAAGAAACUCGAGUUGAACAAAAGGCGGCUGAGCUCUAUGAAGUCAACGGCCAACCAUAGUUUAGUUUAAGUAGUAGCAGGACUAUAUCAUCCCACCUAUCAUCCUUAAUAUAAGUAUAAUGUUAUUAAUAGGCUUAAAAUUCUGAUAUUUAGUAAAUAAAAUAAUAAGAACUUAGAUGUUAUCAAAUGAUUAGAAAAUUAUUUAAUUGUGAUUUAAAAAAAUGAUUAAAUUUUGGUUUAGACGUCAGA